AUGGCUGCCACAUCGGAAGCCUCUACGGAGGUAAAAGCAUCAGCGAAGCCAAGUAUCUGGCGCCGCGCCACCUCGUUCGGCCGUCUGCUGUUCUAUGCUGUCCCCUCGUCCACAGAUUUAAUUAUCCUGCUCGUUGGCUUCCUUGCCGCUGUUGCAUCCGGAGUCCCGUUCCCGAUCAUGUCAAUUGUCUUUGGACAGCUGGUCAACGGACUGAACUCGGCUACCUGCGAUGUUGACCCCUCCACCGCCGCAUCCUACCAGGCUGGGAUCAAUUCCAAGAUACUGCUGAUUGUCUAUGUUGGAAUCGCCUAUUUUGCACUCAUUUAUAUCCACACCCUUUGUUGGAACAUUUUCAGUGAGAGGUUGGCUCAGCGCAUACGCGAGAGAUAUUUCAGCGCCAUUCUGCGACAGGAUACAACGUUCUUCGACAACAGGCCCGCUGGUGAGGUGUCUGCACGCAUCACAGACGAAAUAUCUGUCGUGCAGCAGGGGACGAACGAAAAGGUCGGCAUUGUAAUCAGCAGUGUGUCUUUCUUCGUCGCCGCAUACGUUGUAGCCUUCAUUAAGGAUCCGAAACUGGCUGGCAUGCUCGUAUCCCUCACUCCCGCAUACCUCACCAUGGCACUAGGUGGUGGAUACUUUGUGCAGAAGUACGUGGGACGCUCAAUAGAGGCCAUGGCCAUGGCAUCCUCCGCCGCUUUGGAAGCGAUCUCCAAUCCACUGGUUGUGCACGCCUUCUCUGCCAAUGCACGCCUGGAGGAGAGGUUUGUCGAAGUCCUGACGCCAGCUCUGUCGGCCGGCGUAUGGAAAUCUGUGGCUGUGGCAUUGCAGGCUGGUCUUUUGUAUUUCAUUGCCUUCUCGGCAAACGGUCUUGCUUUCUGGCAAGGGUCGCGACAGAUCGCCAGUGCGGUAGAGUUGAAUAUCGGUGGCAUUACGGUUGGAGACACAUUCACUGUCAUCCUAAUUCUCAUAGACGCGUCCUUGGUACUCAGCCAAUCUGCUCCAUUCUUGCGAAGCUUUGAUGCCGCAUCCGUAGCUUUUGCCAAGUUGGAGGCUGAUAUGAACCGGCCUGCGAUUAUUGACGGCACCGCCGAAGACACAGGUGGUUUGCUUUCAGACGUUGCCGGGAAGGUGGAGCUGCGCAAUGUUCAUUUCGCCUUCCCAUCCCGUCCCGAUAAGCCCGUGUUGCAAGGUCUGUCUUUUCUCUGCCCAGCUGGUCAGCAGACUGCCAUCGUUGGCCUUUCCGGUAGUGGUAAAUCCACAGUUGCCGGACUGAUCACCCGGUUCUAUGAUGCAGUCGAGGGCACUGUGCUUUUGGAUGGCCACGACCUCAGAGAGCUGAACGUCAGGUCAGUUCGAAGUCAUAUCAGUCUCGUACAACAGGAGCCCUGUCUCCUCAACCGAUCAAUCUUGGAAAACAUUGCCCUUGGUCUUAUCAACUCACCCAAGCAUGAGCAUCUGCGGCCGGCGCUGAUGAGCGACGUCCUUGCCAAAGUUGCCGCUGCAGUCCGAGAUGGCCAAUCCUUGGCGGCAGCCUCCCAGGAGCAUGGCGACCUCGUCCGGGAAAUCGUGGAACUGACGCUGAAUGCUGCUGUAUUGGCUGAUGCGACCGGUUUCAUUGAACGUUUGCCGGAAGGGUUCGGGGCUUCUGUCGGUGCCCAGGGUCAUCUCAUUAGUGGCGGGCAAAAGCAGCGUAUCUCUCUGGCCCGUGCCUUGGUCAAGGAUCCACGUAUUCUCAUUCUUGAUGAAGCUACUGCCUCCCUCGAUUCGGCCUCGGAAUUGCGGAUUCAACAGGCCCUGGGCAAACUGGCAGCUGGACGAACCGUGAUCAUAAUUGCUCAUCGGCUGUCGACUAUCAAGAAUGCGGACAAUAUCAUUGUUCUUCGACAGGGCAAGCUGGUAGAGCAAGGAACACACCGGGACCUUAUGGAUGCCAGUGGCGCGUAUGCUGAGCUCGUUCGUCUCCAGGACCUCAACAUCAACGGUAGCGAGGAGAAUAACAAUACAGCCUCUGCGAGCUCCAACUGUUCCACGGAAGAGAUCUCCGAGAAGGCCGGGACCCUUGAGACAUCGACCGUCGCUGAUAUCCCUCAUGCUGAUACUCGGGGACCAGCGGACGAAGGGGUGGGGGGCGAACGAACGUUCUGGGCGACCGCACAGUCAAUGGGUGCCCUGUUGCGGCCAUACUUGUUCGUGCUGGUCAUCGCAACUGUUGGAGCAAUCGUUAUCGGCGGCACAUAUUGUGGAUCAGCUGUGAUCUUCGGUAACGUUGUCAGUAAGCUCAGUUACUGUGAAGAACCUAGCUCCAUCCGUCAGGCGGGUGAGUUGUUUGGGCUUCUAUUUUUCAUCCUCGCCAUCAUUGAGUUCAGUGCCAAUUUCUUCAGCUGGUCUCUCUUUGGCUGGGUCGCCGAACAGGUUAUGUACAAGGUGCGCGUACUCACUCUGCGGUCUAUUCUCGAACAGGAUCUGGAAUGGCACGAAAUCAAAGGCCGGAACCCAUCUCUUCUCCUUGGGCUGAUUACCAAGGACAGCACCGCCCUCGGUGGCCUGACUGGGUCUGUGAUUUGCACGAUCCUGUCGAUCUUUGUCAGUCUUGUCGCGACUAUCACCAUGACGCAUAUUAUUGCCUGGAAGAUUGCGAUAGUAUGUCUCUCAGUUGUACCACUGCUCCUGGGUGCCGGUUACAUGCGCGUCACCACGUUAGCCCGCUUUGAGGAGGAACAUCUAGAAGCUUUCGCAAACUCCAAUGCCAUCACCGUCGAGGCCGUCAACUCCAUCAAGACGGUUAUGUCGCUUUCACUGGAGCACGAGAUUCUCGGUACAUACCGUCGCUCACUCCAGGAACCGAUGCGCCAAAUCACGAAGCACAGUGCCUGGGCCAAUCUGUGGUUGGCGGUUGGUUACGGUCUGAGUAAUUUCCUCUAUGCGCUGGCCUACUGGUGGGGAUCAGCGCGCAUUAUCGCAGGCGAAUACACUCAAACCCAGUUCUUCAUCGUGCAGCUUGCUCUCCUUGUUAGUUCCCAGCUAUGGGGACAGGCGUUCGCCCUCGCGCCCGACGUGUCGCGCGCGUUCAGUGCUACACGACGUCUACUGAACCUGCUCGACAUGGGAUCGACUAAGAAGCUUUCUGCGCCUCUUACUCCGGUGUGGGAUGUCGAAGCCACGGCAACUAGUGAGAAGGCACCGCCAUCGGCUGAGGGUGUCAGCGUCGCCUUCAAGCAGGUCUUCUUCUCCUAUCCUGCACGGCCAGAUACGCAAAUUCUGCAUGGCCUGGACCUGAGCAUUCAACGCGGGCAAUUUGCAGCGCUUGUGGGGCCAAGCGGUGCUGGCAAGUCAACAAUCGUCUCGCUCGUUGAGCGCCUGUACGCUCCCGCGUCGGGAACCGUUGAGGUCGACGGGCAUAACAUCGCGUACGGAGAUACCUCGUUCCGCUCUGCUAUUGCCUACGUUCCGCAGCAAAGUGUCCUGUUCAAUGGAACCAUCCGAUUCAAUCUGACCCUCGGUGCGAGACCCGGUCAAACAGUCUCCCAGGAGGAACUCGAGGAAGCGUGCAAAUCGGCCAACAUCCACGACACGAUCAUGCAGUUACCUGAUGGAUACGACACACUCUGUGGGCCAAAUGGCGACCGGCUGUCAGGAGGACAGAAGCAACGGUUAGCGAUUGCGCGGGCGCUUGUUCGUAAGCCUAAGCUCCUGCUUCUGGAUGAGUCGACAAGUGCUCUGGAUGCGGAAUCCGAGCGCUUGCUUCAGGAUGGCCUCGAGAAGGCUGCGAAACAUAUGACCAUUAUUGCCAUUGCGCAUCGGCUAUACACUAUCCGCAAGGCGGAUGUGAUCUUCCUGAUUGAGAAUGGCAGGUGCGUUGAUCAAGGCACGCACGCACAGCUGAUGGAGCGUAGUGAGAGCUACCGUGUCAACGUCCUAAACCAAGCAGUUGACUCGUGA